AUGAGAAAAGCCACGGAACGAUUAGUGGUUGUGCUUUUCUGGGUGGGAAUAGCAAACUGUGCGGAUGCGACUUUCGGUUUCAAAGAUUGUGCUGGAUCGGAAAGCAUCUUGACUUGUUAUGGUUCAAGAAUAGUGCAAAAUGUAGUGAAACGAUUGUCGUCGGAAAAGUCUCUAAAACUGAUGCCCGGAGUUGAGAUCGUAUCCGUCAAUCACAACGACGACGGGCCGGAUCGAACAGUCAGUAACGAAAUCAGUAACGAACGUGAAGGAGUCCUGGAACGGAUCGGAAGAUAUCUUGAAAACCACGCUCUGAAGAUCAACUUAGGUGACGUAGUGCAAAGAAACUUGAUUCAGGAUGUGGUGCGGUCAUCGCUGUCAACGGUCCACCGACAGUUGGCUGAGAAUUUUGAAGAAGCUCGCAAAAAGGACAAGGGUGGCCUCGGUCUCGUCGUGAUGAUGGGACUGAUGAUGGGCAAAAUGCUCGGCGCAUUGGGCGUCGGUAGCGUCGCAAUGCUAGCCAUGAAGGCCCUCGGUGUGUCGAUGAUGGCCCUGCUGCUGUCAUCCAUAAUCGGACUGAAAAAACUAAGCGAAAGUGGAGAUCACAAGGGCCGCCAGAGUGAUGUGGACAUACGUGUAUCCACGGCUGAUCGGGCCGAUCUAGCCGGUGGUUAUGAUUACGGAUAUGAUCCUGCGGAGGUGAUGCGUCGGCGACGGGGACGUCGACGCCGACGAUCACUGGAAACGAAACUUUCGCCCUUCCGUGGUUGGAGCGAAAUGCUACAGUAG